GUUGGGUUCGGAAGGAAUGGUGAUGUGUGUUACGAAUGGCACUCAAAAUUGGGAUACUGGACUUACAGUUCUUGCAGUAAUUGAAACAGGACUUGCAGAUGAUCCAUUAAAUUAUCAGUCAAUGAUACAUGCACUUGAGUUUUUAGAUGAUACACAAAUAAAAAAAAAUCCUAAAGAUUCUAAAAGAUGUUAUCGGGAUAACACACUAGGCACUUGGGGUUUUAGUACUCGUGAACAUGGAUAUAAUGUUUCUGAUUGUUCUAGUUUAGGCCUCGAGGCUGUACUUAAUCUUCAAAACAAACUUAGUUAUACACCAAAAUUAGUAUCUAAGGAACGACUUUGUCAAAUUAUUGAUAUAUUAUUAACUAUGCAAAAUUCUGAUGGUGGACAAAUCACUAAAAGAGCAAUUCAAUACCUAUAUAAUUCUCAAGAUGAAAAUGGUGGUUGGUAUGGAUCUUGGGCUAUUUGUUUCACAUAUGCUACUAUGUUUGUUAUACAGUGUCUGAAAAAUUAUGAAGAAACAUAUGAAAAUAGCCUGGUAGUUAAAAAAGGAUGUGACUUUUUAAUUUCCAAACAAAAAGAAGAUGGUGGUUGGGGUGAAUCCUAUAAAUCAUGUGAUACAGAAACUUAUAUACAUCAUGAAAACUUACAAGUCGUAAACACAGCUUUUGCAUUACUUGCUUUAAUGGCAGGGCAAGAUCCCGCUAGAGCUGCUUAUAUUCAAAAUUACGCUAACAAACAAAUUAUGGGUGCUAUGGCUGGUUUAGUUUACAACUUAGAAGUAAUUACCAACCAAAUUACGGCUGCUGAACUCCAUAAUACUAACCUGGAUAGAACUGGAGCAGCGAACUAUGACUUUAAAGAUGGGGCAACUAUGUGGCAGGAACUAACAAUUUAG